AUGGCGCUGUCUUACCUCGAAGUGACUGCGCUGGAAGAUAUGAUGAAGCAGGUCAAUCCGACCAGCUGCCUGCCGCGCAUCAAGGAAGAGCCGAGCGCAGACGACCUCAUGCGCGCACUGGCGCACCUUGCCGACCUUUACUCGCCGCGCUCGCUGACCACGCGGGAAAAGACAUGGAUUACCUUUCCCGAAGGUCGAUGCUCGAACGUCGCGGACGCGGCACAGUACGCCGAUGCGCUCGACUCGGUGCGCGUCGACGAGAACGAGAAGCGCUAUGCGAUGAGCUGGCUAACGCGCCUCAUCGGCUCGGGACUCUACUGGCUGGACUCCGAGGCGGGGAAGGUCACAUCCGACGAGCUGGUGGAUCUGGCUGGGCGCAUCCUGGGCGGACACGCCAGUAUCGAGGAAGCCGGUGCCAUCACCCGCGAGUUCGUCUUUCCGUUGGCAGUACCAGUGCGUGUGCCCGACAUCGAUGCAUCGGCACACCAAGACGCAAGCGCUUCCGACACGAUCACGAUCACGCUUCGAGACGAUCCACUGCCGCCUUCAGACAAGCAUUCGGAAGCCAGCACGCUAUCGGGCGCGGGCGCAAGUCAGGACGCGGCUGCAGCUGUGGGUGUCCAGACGUGGGGCGCGGCCAUCGUGGUGAGCGAUGUGCUGGUUCGAUACCCUAGCUUGUUCCAUCCCACUCUCGGGCUGCGUACCGGGACACCGCUACGGAUUGCGGAGCUUGGUGCAGGCACCGGACUGCUAGGUAUGGUGGCAGCAAGAUUGCUGCAGCAACGCGGCACGCCAGCUGAUGUGGUGCUGACGGACUACCACCUGCAAGUGCUCAGGAACCUCGAACACAAUGUUCAGGAGAACUUUGGCCUGUCCUCCGAUUCCAGCGGCAGUGUUUCGGUCGGUGUGGAGCAUGUCGACUGGCUCGAAGUGCAUCGCAGCAUGCAGCAAGGCCAUGCUCAAGCAGACGAUGCCGAUACGGACAAGUACGAUCUGCUGCUGCUCGCCGAUGUGAUCUACGCACCUGAGCACGCGCUCUGGAUCCGCUCGACGAUCGAGAAGCUGCUACGCAAGCCCUCACCCGAACGACCGGACGAAGCUAGCGCGCGCGCACAUAUCAUUAUGGCGGUUCGUGGAUCCGGCAAGUUCGAAGGCCUGUUCAAGACGGUGGAUGAAGCAUUCCAGCCGCGCUGCAGCUUUGGCGGCGUGCCUUCGCUGAGUGGCUCGAGCAGUGCUACGCCGUUAGAUACGCUGCCAGGUACGCCAGCUCUGGUGUCCGAGACGAGCGCUGUGGAUGUGCACAAGACCAACUCGAAGCACGGCGACCUUCUGCGCUCGCGUAUGGGUGCCCUCUCUCACCAGGCUGGAUUCUCGCAAGGCUCUCCCGAACUCGCUAUCGUGACUCGACGCCGGCUCGACAAGCGCGCUAACGUGGGUCGGAACGACGAGCAGGAGUACCUCUGGUUCGAGAUCGGCUGGACUUUCCCCACGCUUGCCGCAUGA